CAGCCAGAGGCCACACAUCCCUCAGAGACUUUUUAGCUGGUCAUCAAUGAGUGAUCUUCUGAGUCUAGACUGGGAAUUAUCUGAGGAGGACUACACCUGCCAGGAGAAAUUCCAAACAUUUCAGUUAAGUCUUAAAAUUGCUCCAGAUGAAGGAGAGAGCCUUGAUCAAAAGAAGAAUGGUCUGAUUGACAGGUCAGCUUCACAAUAAAGCCAAACCCGAAAAAGAAGCAACUCAGACUCUUUCCAUGACCAGAAGAAUGAGCACUGAGAGACCUUCCAACUUAAUCAAACACCCAGGGCAGACAAGCAUUCCAUCUUUCGAAAACAUAAGUGAUUUUUCAUUAAAUACCACUGACUGCACCCAGGUUGUGGUGCCAGAGGAAGUUUUUUUCACUGUUGCUGCCGCUGGGAUACUGGAAAAUCUACUUAUCCUCAUUGCUGUUGUGAGAAAUAAGAAUUUACACUUGCCCAUGUACUUCUUCAUUUGCAGUUUAGCCAUUUCAGACAUGUUAGGUAGCUUGUACAAAACUCUGGAGAACAUCUUUAUCAUCUUGUGCAAAAUGGGAUACCUGACACGUCACGGAGACUUCGAGAAAAAACUGGAUGAUGCCAUGGACUCCAUGUUCAUUCUGUCUCUGCUGGGGUCUAUUUUCAGCCUGCUAGCCAUUGCAGCAGACAGAUACAUCACUAUCUUCUACGCUUUGCGCUACCACAACAUCAUGACACUGAGGAGAGCCUUGGUGAUCCUAGCAAUCAUCUGGGCCUUCUGUGCCGGCAGCAGCAUUGCCAUCGCCCUCUUCUCCUAUGAAGCAGCAACAGUCAUUCCCUUCACCAUCCUAUUCCCUUUGAUGAUGUUUUUCAUUCUCUGCCUCUAUGUCCACAUGUUCCUCCUGGCUCGAUCUCACGCCAAAAAGAUUGCCUCACUGCCCAGCAGCACCAUCCAUCACAGAACUAACACGAAAGGCGCGAUCACACUGACUAUUUUUCUUGGAGUUUUCCUUUGCUGUUGGGCCCCCUUUGUUCUUCACAUCCUUUUAGCAAGGUUUUGCCCCCAUAACCCUUACUGUGCCUGCUACAUGUCCAUUUUCCACGUGAAUGGGACACUCAUCAUGUGCAAUGCCAUCAUCAACCCUAUGAUUUUCGCAUUCCGAAGCCCAGAAUUGAGGAGUACAUUUAAGAAGAUGUUCCACUGUUCCAGGACAAACUGCAACUGGUGAGCACUUCAUCAAAUUGAAAAUUAUAGAGGCACUUAUGGGGUGCUGUGCAACAUCAGUGUGAAGAGUUAAAAAUAC